CUCUGCGUGAUGCAUUUCUUGCAUCUGAUUGCGGUAAGCUGUGUUGGAGCCCUCACACCCCUUGCAACGCCGCGUAUCAUCCGCGCGACGCGUGUCAGCGCUGCAGCGGUCGAAGCCAAAGCAGAUUGGAACGGCGCGUUCCCGUCCGGGGCGGCGGAGGAGUUCGACGAAGCAUUGCAGUGCCUCUCGCUCGACUCCGACGACGAGUCGUGCUCGAUCGCCUACCUCGAGGACGUAUUUAGAAAGGUGGACACCGAAAAAGUUCGUAGCGAGUGCGACGCCGAUCAGGAGGCGAAGAUCGACGAACUAUGGAAGAUCAUCAAGAUGAUGUACGGCGGCGCGAGUCGCAAGGAGGCCAUUAUCGCGCGGAGAAAGCUCCCGGUGCCCGACACCGCCGUCGCCGACGCGUACUCCCUCUGUCUGCGAUUCCUGAACCCGGCGACGUCAAAAGAGGCCGGCUGCUCGAGGGAAGCCCUGGACCGCGCGCUCGAGUUGCUCGACUGCGAGGGCGACGAAUGCCUCGCGCUCAACGAGGGCCAGCUCCAGGUCCUCGACCAGCUCCACAAAUGCGUCGACCGCAUCGACGCGGGCGAGAGCGUCGAAGCCGCCGUCCAGAACACGUGGGACGCGCGCGAGGCCGUCGCGCGGAAGCGGCUCGCGGACUACUACACCUCGUAG